AUGGUCGUUAAAAGGCCAUUGUUCCUAUUGCUACAUUUGUCGGCUGCACGUCAAAUUACGAAUCAACCUUUUCCAACUGAAUGGGAUCACCGCAAUGCAAGUAGAUGGAUUUCAGAUUUUCCACAAUGUGGAGGAACACGACAGUCACCGAUAAAUUUGGAUAAUCGUGAUACUAUUGGCUCAAAUAUUCCCCCCUUGCAAUUCAAAAACUACGCAAAGCCUUUUUUUCGUAGACUUAUGCUGGUAAAUAACGGGCAUACAGCGAAUAUUGCAAUACCCGAAACUGUUCGUGGUACACGACCAAUCAUUAGCGGUGGUCUGCUGAAUGGUGUCUACGAAGCGCAAUCGGUGCAUUUCCAUUGGGGCUCGCCAGGUGCUAAGGGUUCUGAACAUACUAUAAACGGUUACCGUUAUGAUGCCGGAAUUCAUAUUGUGCAUAAAAAUAUGAAGUACGGUAACAAAGAAGAGGCUAGCCGAUUUCCAGAUGGUCUGGCUGUGCUGAGCAUUAUAAUUAGCAUUGUGGAUAACCCCGACAGAUCCUAUCCGGGACUGAAUAAGGUUUUCAAUAAAUUACCAAGAAUUGCAGUAGCUGGAACUAAUGCAACUCUAGAUCACGAACUAACACUUAACAACUUCCUAGGGGAUGUGGAUACGACAAAUUUUUUCGCCUACAGAGGCUCACUUACCACACCAACCUGCGCGGAGGCCGUUACCUGGCAUGUCUUUGCGAAACCACUUUUAAUAGCACGCGAAAUGGUUCAAAAGUUAUUCCACCUAAGACAGAAAAGUGGCGCACCGCUAUUAAAUAACUUCCGGCCACAAAAUGUGGCCAGCACACCUAGCCCCGCAUUGAGGGCACGCACUGGUUUACUAGCACCCGACAAGGCGCGCAUGCCCAAUGGCAGUCCUUUGCCACAAUGCGUGCGAAAGCCAUUGAAGAGGCAACGAAUUAAUGUUUCUUUGUGCUUGUGCUUCGUUGCAGCAUCUUCUAUAUACGACAACCCAGCCGAAUGGCAUCUCGACUAUCCGGAUUGCGGUGGGAAAAAGCAGUCACCGAUUCUUAUCAACACGAAUAAGACGAUACCGAUUAAGAUUCCGCCUAUUACAUUUGGAGCCUAUGGUGUUUCCCUUUCCGAUUAUGUUGUCUUGGAGAACACUGGAUCCACAAUUAAAUUCAAUAUACCCCCAACGAUAGAAGGCGGUUUUCCAUUCAUUAGCAAUGGCUCACUAAACGGUGUCUACGAAGCUUUAGAAGUGCACUUUCAUUGGGGUUCACCGCUGUCCAAAGGCUCCGACCAUCGAAUCAAUCAGAAACGUUAUGAUCUCGAAAUGCAUAUUGUCCACAAAAACACCAAAUACGCCAGCAUGGAAGAAGCGAUUGCAUUCGAGGAUGGCAUAUCCGUAAUAGCCGUGCUCUUCAAAGUCGACAAGCUCGCACUUGAUAUUUUUUCUCCUGGCCUAAACACAAUCUUCAACUCAGUUCCAUUUGUUGCACUUUAUGAAUCGACCGUAGCUACACAACGACUAAUUCCACUUGGCUCACUACUGGGAAAUAUCAAUCGUAACCAUUUUUAUACUUAUCAAGGUUCACUGACAACACCGCCAUGCUCCGAGGCCGUCACAUGGAUAGUUUAUCCCGAGGUCUUACCGAUUUCGGUUUUGCAUUUGAAUAAUUUUUGGCUGGCACGUGAUAAGUUUAAUCACAAGCUGUGGAACACAUUUAGACCGUUACAACCUAUAGGUGAACGCAAGGUCUACUAUCGGUAUUAAUGGGAGCAGUUUUAACGAAUAAAAGAAGUAU